AUGGACACUCUCAACCUGGCGAAGAACGAGCUGAACGGGUCCAUCCCUGACUUCAUCGGCUCCCUCACCCGCACCACCUUCCUGUGCGUCACCGACCUUGCACACAUGCAUGUGCAUGGAUUGGCAUGGAUGGGCAUGGAUGGGCGGGCAUUUGGGUGGAUCCAACGCUGUUCCAACUCACCCCCCCUUCCCUCUCUCCCCGACCUUGCCCUCUCCUUGGAUCUCGUCUCUCCCCACCACCUCACACCAUCUCGGAGCAGCAACCUGGCGGGCAACAAGUUCUCCGAGUCUGUGCCGUACACCAUGGGCAACCUUCUAUCUUUGCACUACCUUCGCCAGCGGGUGCAGCACGCGGCGGCGAUGGUGGCGCUUAUAACGGGCGGCAGAGGCUUCUUAGGGUCCCUGCUGGCCAAGGCGCUUGCGGGAGGCGCACUGGCGGAGAGCGCGGGCGCUACGGCGGAGGGGCGCGCAGAAGGGGGUAGCGGAGCGGAGUCCAUCGCGGAGCGGGAUCUCAGUGAUGGCGGAGAGGGGGUGACAGAGGAGAGAGUGAUAGCCGUUGACUUGACCCCUCCUGGCGAACGCGACACCACCACGCCUGGAGUCACGCACGUGGUAGGAGACAUCACGAAUGCCACCUUCCUCUCCACUCUGAUUCGCCCAUCUGUCACCCACAUAUUCCAUCUGGCGGCGGUGGUGAGCGGGGCAGCGGAGAAGGACUACGACCUGGGCAUGAAGGUCAACUUUGAUGCCACGCGUGCGCUACUGCAGGCGUGCAGGGCAGCAGGCCACUGCCCGCGCUUCAUCAUGGCCUCCUCUGUCGCUGUCUUUGGCGCUCCCUCCUCCAACUCCUCCAACUCCCAGGUUCCAUACUCUGAGGACACCCCUGCUCUGCCCCGCUCCUCCUAUGGGGCUGAGAAAGCGAUGGCAGAGCUGCUGCUAUCAGAUGGCAGCAGGCGCGGCUUUGUGGAAGCCAUUGUGCUGCGCCUGCCCACUGUCGUCGUGCGCCCUGGCAGUCCCAACGCAGCGACCUCCUCCUUCUGCUCGUCCAUCGUUCGAGAGCCAUUACACGGCAAGCCAGCCACCUGCCCCGUGGACCCUGCCCUGCCACUCUGGCUGCAGUCUCCCCGCACAGUCAUCAGCAACAUCGUCCACGCAGCCCGCAUGCCAUCUCUGCCACCCAACCACCCGCGCAUCAUCACCCUUCCUGGCCUCACUACCACCUCAGCAGAGCUCGUGGAUCAGUUGCCACGCUUUGGAGUCGACCCCUCCCUGGUGCAAUGGGUGCCAGACCCGUUUAUCAACAGCAUAGUGGCAUCAUGGCCAGGCCACAUUCACACGCCCACAGCAAUCCAGCUGGGUUUCAAGGCAGACACGGAUGUGGCAUCGUUGGUCAAGGAGUAUGUGCAGGAGUAUGUUAAACCUGUGCACUGA